AUGUCGUGGAGCACAUCGAUUCCUUUAUCACAGAAAUCAGAAGUCAUCUUUUGUUCUUCAUCAAUCAUCACGGAUGUUGACCUUGAAGAAGAUGACAUUGUUGUGGUUGAUGUAGAUGUUAAAAUAGAAGGUGAAGAAGUUCAUAUCAAAUCAGAAAGAGAACGAUGGUCGAAGGUAUGGAGGUUUUUUGAAAGACUUCCUAUUGGUGAUGAAGAGUUAUCUUUAGAAGAACUUACUGAUGAUGUCAUGCAAAUGGAUAACAAGGAUACACAAGUUGAGGACGUUUAG